AUGGCCACCAAUGCGCAUCAGUCGGACCUCAUCGUCAAUCACCGACCCUUUGACGAGUCAGAUUACAGUGGUCUACAAGUCGCACCCGAUACAUUCAAUGCUCAGGACCAUGCCGCGUCGGCUCCCGAGGCAUAUGAUCCGAGCGCUGUUGACUCUAAGGGACGAUUCCUCGGCACAAUUGCCACGCAGCACGAGAAACAUUCGGGGAAAUCCCCGGGGUUCACGCAUGCCCAGUCGGCGACGUCACCACACUAUGCCGGUCUCGAGGCCGUGCAUCCAGAUUCAGGAGGCGGUGACGGCGAAAAGGGUCUUUCAGCGGAGACUGAAACGGUGUUCAUCAUCGCUGCCGUUCUGAUCAGUCUCGUCAUCAUUGGCGUCGGCGUCGGAGUGGGACUUGGUCUUGGGUUGAAGGGCAACGGCACUAGUCCCGACGCCGACUCCACGGCCGAUUCCACGGCCGAUUCCGACAGCUCCGGCAUUUGCCCCAAGUAUGACGGCAAAUCUGAAUCAUUCUUUGAUACCGACGACGACUUGUCAUGGGAGAGAUAUUAUACAAUUGAAUGUGGGCUAGACGCUGCUGUUGCCUCCACCUCACGGGUCUUAUGGCCCGGGAACUCGUCAUUUGUCACCGCCGACUUCAAGGCUUGUAUCUUCAAGUGUGACCAGCAAUCGGGCUGCUUUCUGUUUUCUUACAAUUUCCCCGAUCAUAACUGCACUAUGCUGAAAGCCGAUCUGGUCGAUGAUGCCUUCGACAUUGAGAACUGGGCUUCUGAUCCAGAAGUAGCAAGCGGCUGGACUUGA